AUGGGAAAUACCGAGAGCAAUGUGACCAGUGGCGUUAAGAAGCAGGCCGGAGUAUCUACCCAGGCGCUGUACAAGUUCGUAAACCUCAAGGGUGGUGGUUUGCUGGUGGACAUGAUGAAACGGGCGAUACAGAACAAACAGUACGCCGAGAUAGAUCAUGCGAUCAAGACGAAGGUCGAACCGUUCCUGUACAAUAAAGGCAAGGGAAAAUAUGUCCCCGUCUCGGUGCUGGUGCUGUUACGAAACCGGGAACGGCCACGCCACAAACAGCUGCCAGAGAUACGCGCGAUGGAGAACCCGGAAGAAGAUUUCGACAUGGAUGCCGUCUGUCCGGAAGUGAGCGAAGCGGAGUACUAUAUGAACCCGUCCGGCUACCGUGAGGUGUGCUGGAAUGUGAAGGAACGUGGCGCCGUAGGGGAAACCAUUCUUCACCUUUGUCUACUCAACGCAACAUCUUUGCAUGCGGACUUGGCGAAACGGUUACUGCGCUUCUAUCCCAAGCUCAUCAACGACGUGUACAUGUGCGAUGAGUACUACGGCGAGAGUGUGCUACAUCUGGCGAUCGUAAACGAAGAUCCAGCGAUGGUGAAGUAUCUGCUCGAUCACAAUUCCGACGUGAAUGAGCGUUGCUGCGGUACGUUCAUGUGCCCCGAGGACCAGAAAGCGUCCCGGUGCGAUACGGUAGAGACGGAAAUCGUCCAGAUGGUGCAGAUGACGAACUACGAUGGGUACGUGUACUGGGGCGAGUACCCGCUCAGCUUUGCCGCCUGUCUCGGGCAGGAGGAAUGCUAUCGGCUCGUGCUGGCCCGUGGAGCCGACCCGGACAACAAAGACUUCAACGGCAACACGGUGCUGCAUAUGCUCGUGAUAUACGAGAAGAUCACGACGUUCGAUAUGGGGUAUGAGGUGGGUUCCUCGUUGAGCAUCCGGAACAACCAAAACCUAACACCGUUGACGCUGGCGGCGAAGCUCGGACGUGUGGAGAUGUUCUUCCACAUCAUGAACAUCGAGCGGGAGAUCUACUGGCAGCUGGGCAGUAUUACCUGUGCGGCUUAUCCGCUGGUGCUGAUCGACACGAUCGAUGUAGAGACGGGAAACAUCAGUAAAGAUUCCGCGCUAAAUUUGGUAGUGUUCGGCGACAAGGAUGAGCAUCUCGAUCUGCUGGACGGUGUGCUGAUAGAUCUGCUCAAAACGAAGUGGAACACCUUCGUGAAGGAUAAGUUCUACCGGCAGUUCUUCAUGUUCUUCUGCUACUUCUGCGUAUCGUUGGUAAGCUUCACACUGCGCAAUGGACCACCACCGGCAGAGGAUGACGAGCAGGACGGAUCGGAGGGCGGCAAUAAAACCACUUCCACCAAGGAGGAUCUUCGCCGUCCACUGUGGAACGAAUCGUCGCUCGGUAGUAAUGGAAGCGUUGGACUCGAAAUGUUUGUCGGCAAACUUACGGACCUACCGCAGUUUAACGGAAGCGCCGAGGAGUCGCCUGAGUUUGAUCCUUCCGCGCUGGAUGACGGUCUGUUCUUCAACUCCAAAUGCCACACGAUGGAUUACGACGGUAUGGAAGGUAAGGUGCGGCUCAUAUCGGAGAUGAUCAUACUGGUGGGUUCGUUUCUGUAUCUGCUGGCUGCCCUGCGCGAGCUGAAGUUUCUUGGGCGCAAAAUGUUCUUCGAGAAUCUUAUGACGGCACCCUCCCGGGUUAUGUUUCUGUUUUCCUGCUGCAUAAUGAUGAUUGUACCAUUUUUAAAGGUGCUUUGUUUUACGGAAAUGGAGGACCACGUCGCGGUAGCGAUCAUGCUAACAACGGCACCCUACUUUCUGUUCUUCUGCCGAGGUUUCAAAACGGUCGGACCUUUCGUGGUGAUGAUAUACCGCAUGGUGAUGGGAGAUCUGUUGCGUUUCGUCGUGAUCUAUCUGGUGUUUGUGAUGGGCUUUUCGCAGGCAUACUACAUCGUGUUUCUGUCGUACAAACCGGAAGAGGACGGUGAUGCCAAUCCGAUGCCGUCGCCGAUUGAGUCGAUCGUCGCGAUGUUUCUUAUGUCGCUGACGAACUUCGGCGAUUACUACGGUGCGCUGGAGAACACCGACCACGAGAUGUGUGCUAAGAUCCUGUUCGUACUGUUUAUGGUGAUUGUGGCCGUCCUGUUGGUGAACAUGUUGAUCGCUAUGAUGGGCAAUACGUACCAGAAGAUUGCGGAAACGAAAAACGAAUGGCAGCGCCAGUGGGCACGCAUUGUGCUCGUCGUGGAGCGUGGCGUUCCGCCGAAGGAACGGCUCAAGAACCUGAUGUCGUACAGCCAACCAAUGUCGGACGGACGGCGUGCAUUGGUUCUUCGAUUAAACAUGACGGAUGAGGAUAAGGAGGAAAUGAAAGAAAUACUCGAAAUGAAGCGUGUUCACGAUCGUCUCAACAAGAAGCGCCAGGUGGAGCGUGAUGCGCGUGCGGAGCAGCGUCGUCUGCUGCGGGAGAAGUACAUGAACAUGUCCUCUUGA